CACACUCAACCAUGCCACAGUGACACCAGCAAGUUCAUAACGGGGAGAGGCCAAUCACCUGCUCUGUGUGCGAAAGGAUUCACUGAAUCAUCUCAACUGAAUGAACACCAGUGAGUUCACACUGAAAAGAUGUCGUUCACCUGCUUAGACUGUGGGAAGGGAUUCACUCGUUCAUCCACACUACAGAGACACCAGCGAGUUCACACCGGGGAGAGGCCAUUCACUUGCUCUGAAUGUGGGAAGGGAAUCAGUGACUCAUCCAAACUUGUGAGACACUACCGAGUUCACACCGGGGAGAGGCCGUUCACUUGCUCUGAAUGUGGGAAAGGAUUUGCUCGGUCAUCUCAACUGACUGAACAUCAGCGAGUUCACACUGGGGAGAAACCGUUCAGCUGCUUUCAAUGUGGCAAGGGGUUCACCCAGUCAUCUCAUCUGAAAGUACAUCAGCGAAUUCACACUGGGGAGAAGCCGUUCAGCUGCUCUGAAUGUGGGAAGGGAUUCACUGACUCAUCCCACCUUGUGAAGCACUGCCGAAUUCACACUGGGGAGAAGCCAUUCACAUGCUGUGAAUGUGGGAAGGGAUUCACUGACUCAUCCCACCUUGUGAAGCACUGCCGAAUUCACACUGGGGAGAAGCCGUUCACGUGCUGUGAAUGUGGGAAGGGGUUCACUGCGUCAUCCAACCUGCUGAGGCACUGCCGAAUUCACACUGGGGAGAAACCGUUCACCUGCUUAGAUUGUGGAAAGGGAUUCACUCGGUCAUCAGGCUUGAAAGUCCAUCAGCGAGUUCACACUGGGCGAUGCCAGUCACCUGUUCUGAUUGUGGGAAUGAAUUCGCUCAGACAUCUCAACUGACUGAACAUCAACUGCUCAGACUGUGGGAAGGCAUUCACACACUGAUCCACACUGCAGAGACAGUGGUGGGUUCACACUGUGGGGAGGGUGGUCACCUGCUCAGACUGUGGGAAGGCAUUCACACACUGAUCCACACUGCAGAGACA